AUGUCUGAUGUGAAUGAGACAAUCUCUGACAUAGCACGCCCUACAGACUUGCAUAGCGCAAACAUCAUACCAUUCCAACCCGAUGAAGGAAUUUUCAAAGUUCCCGAUUUACCACCAUGGCGCCUGAAGGCAAAGGAAACUAAAGAACGACGGAGAAUUCUCAGAAUCAGCGACCCCCGAAGAAAACGUGUCCGACGGAGGAAAGUUAGGCAUGAUGAGGAUUACUCGUUUCUUGAAAUUUAUAAAAUGAACAUUGAGUAUAUGUACGCUGAAAAGCAUGAGUCUCGCUUGAGCAUGUCUGAAAAAGCUUCAUUUGGAGAAGAUAUGCCAAUCGGUCAACUUGUUGAGAAAGAUCAAGAAGAGGAGGCGAACCUUGGAGAUCCAAUGAGUGAUAACGAUUUGGAUGAGAAUGAGACUGCCCCUGAAUCCAAUUCUUCGUUUGAAGUUUCAGGAGAAGAAGAUGUCGACAGUGAUGGAGAGUGUGACGAAGAGUUGGAAGCAACAGUUUUGAAGAUAAUGGAGAAAACAAAAGAAUUUCGUAAACUGAACAAAAUUUGGAAGGCUGACGACAUCCUCGAUUUGGAAAUUUAUCACCUUCCACAACUGUACAUGAAAUGCCAGGGCAAGGAGAACAAACUACCGGUUAACGUUCAAGUUGUGAAAAUCGACCCAUUCAUGGUUGCCGCUGAAAUCAACUCGGUUGGAAGAUCCGUCAUUGAUGUUGGGUUGGAUAUCCUCAUUGAACUUGGCGAGCUCGUUUUGAAUCCAAUAGCCGCUUUUAAUGAGCACUUCUACUUGGUCAAGAAACGAAUUACUGCUCACUCGGAUCGUGGUGAUAUCUUCAACCGCUGCCAUCCCCGCGAUCCUCGGAUUGAACCUCCUGUUUGGUAUGAGUUCUGCCAAGCUGCGGAAAAAAUGUCUGCUGAAGCGAAAACCAAACAUCCACGCGCCAACCAGUAUCCAUCGAAAUUCUCGUAUGAAUUGAUUGAAUUUUUGAGGAUCCGUAUUGGGAGAACCACGAGGGCAAGAUACCAGAUGGACUUCAAAUUCCUCAACGUCCAUUUGAUAUUGAAGAUGUCAGAAACAACCGGAUACCCGACUCGGAGGCGCCAAGGGAAUGUUCGCCUGAGGAAAUUCCAAUGUUUAUCAACGGCAGCCGGGAUGAGGAAGAACAAUCUCCAUAAAUAUCUCUAUUAA